AUGAAAGGAGAUGUAAUCCCCAGCCAUGUGAUCAUUGUGUUCCGGUCCAAAGGAAAGUCCUCACACAAUGCUUGCCACACGAGUUUCAACGACUUGCUCAAGGACGACAUCACCCAGUCUUUGUAUACCCGCACCGGAGUGGAGGGGCCUCCCAACACCGAUGGAUCCAACGACUAUGGCAUUUUCCAGAUCAACGACCUCUACUGGUGCCAGCCGCCCAGUGGAAAGUUCUCCCACAAUGGCUGCGGUGUGAGUUGCAACGCCCUCUUGACCGAUGAGAUCCAAAGCUCCGUAGGAUGUGCCCUAAAGGUCCUGGGCCAACAGGGCUGGUCAGCCUGGUCCACCUGGCACUACUGCAGUGGGUACCUGCCCUCGAUUGAUGAUUGCUUUGUUCAAUUCGAUUCCUUCAAUUCUUUGAAUUCUCUCAACCAUGGACAUUUCAAAAUGUAAUUGCGUUACAAAAUAAUUAAGACUUUUUAAUACGUAUACGUUGAUUCACGGUUUACAUAUAAAAAAGUAUAUAUCUGUUACGACUCUUUUAAAAUUACAGAUAUAGAAAUGAGCGGACGAAGAUAUAGAAAUGAGCGGAAAGA